AUGGCCAAGUCGUCUGCGACUCCUUCCGCACCCUCCACAUCUACCCAACAGGAUGGCGCAGACUUCCGACCCAGCACGACCUUCUGGAAUCGUACGGUCAAUUUCACGCUCAUGCUGACCGGCCAAAUGUCACCUGCUGGGCAGAAAAGGUACUGGGCCGAUGCAGAUGAGCGGUACAGCGAGUUCGACUGCAAACGGUGCGAGCGGGAUAGAGACUACCUGUUAAAAUACUCUCCUACCAUUCGGUUCAUGAACGAGAACAUACGGAAACUCGGUGGAGAGCUAGGCCCGCAGAAUAUCCAUUGCAGGACGUGUCGAGGAGAGGAAGAAGCCAUGCAAGGCGGGUUUGAUCACAAGUACGGGAUUAAAAUUUGUGCCAACUGGGUCCAAGAACGGUCACAACUGGAGGAUGUGCUGGCACAUGAGAUGGUGCAUGCAUACGAUCAUCUGCGGUUCAAGACUAACUUGACGGAGGAAGAUGAUUUGAGGCAUGCGGCUUGUUCAGAGGUCAGCCGAACGCAGCCACUCAAAGGCAACUUGACUAAUGAGAUGGAGCAGAUCCGAGCCAGCAAUCUCAGCGGCGAAUGUCGCUGGGCAAACGAGUUCUUCCGCAACAAAGUUCUUUCCUUCACCCAGCAUCAGCAAGACUGCGUUCGGCGGAGAGCAGUCCUUUCAGUGAGAGGUCGGCCCGGCUGCAAAGACGAUGUGCAUGCAGUGAAAGUGGUCAAUGAAGUGUGGGACAGCUGCUUCCGGGAUACCAGACCAUUUGAUGAGAUAUACCGGUGA